CUACCCUCAUAUGUGCACAUGCUUCUAUUUAACAGAAAUUUGGAUGGAAUGAAUAAAAAAUUUACAGUAGGGAAAAUCGGUUAAAAGAAAUUAGUUUGAGUCCUUAAUUAUCCAAUUAAAAAAUUUAAAAGGGAAAUCAAAAGCUAAUUUACUUCAAGGGAUCUAUGGGGAGUUUACUCUAAUAAUGAAAUAUCAUUUGACAAAAAGUAAAAAAAAUAACAUAAAAUGAGAAUCGACAAGCACAUCAAUUUUUUUUUUAUUAUUUAUUUUUAUUUUUUAUAACACAGUUUUCUUUUUUAUUUUUUUUUAUAACACAGUUUUGUUUUUUAUUUUUUUGAGAAAAAAUACACAAUUUUAUGUAAUUACGUUGGAUGUUCGUGUUUGAUUUGAGUUUGAUAGGGGAAGAAUAAAAGGUGGGCGCUCCAGGUCAACCGACCUCUUAUGCCUGUUUCCAUGGAAGAAGGGUCAGCGUUCAACAAGCUCCAAUACCUUUCGCUGGUCUCCAACAUUUGUUCUGAACUCGAAGCUAACCUCGGCAUAUCCGACAGAGUCUUGGCCGAGUUCAUAGCCGAGACAGGUCGCAACUCCGACGUUGUCGACGACUUCCAGGCAACCUUAAAAGAAAAGGGUGCGGACAUGCCGGAAUAUCUCAGCCGUUCCUUGUUGAAGAUCAUCCACGCUAUUCUUCCUCCAAAGGGAAACCCCUCUCACUCUCACAAGAACAAGAACCCUGCCGCCAUUGAGGAAGGACUUGAAGGGAUUCAGAGGAGCAAGAGGCAGAGGGAUGACGAUGACGAUGUUAGGAUCGGGUACCGAUGUAGAAGGAGGUAUUCGGAAGAGGAAGAGGAUGAGCAGGAGAGAUGGGAGAUGAAGCAGCUGAUUGCUUCCGGCGUUUCGGGUGCUGCAAUGCGUGAUGGACACGAAUUGCAAUUUCGAGAAGAGGGUUUUGGGGAAGAAGAGCAUGAGACCGAGUUUGAUGAGGAGCAAUUACUACUUUUGCAAGGGCAGAGUGGAUACUCGAUUGAUAUGUCACCGGUUAGGAUUGUGCCGAAUCCCAACGGGUCAUUGAGUCGUGCAGCAGCUCUUCGAUCAGCGCUGCAAAAGGAGAGUAGAGAAAUAACAAGAGUGGAAGAGAACAUGAGGCUCAAUGCAGCUCCAAAGGAUUUGAAUCGCGCUUGGGAAGACCCUAUGCCGGGAAGGGGUGAGAGGCAUUUUGCACAAGAGCUUCUGGGUGCUACUGCUGCUCGCUUUUCCGGUUAUGACAGGCACGAGCGGAACAAGCGUGCUUACGAAGGAGCCCUGGAUAUUGGGCAGAGUUCAAGCCUUUCUCUUUGCGAACAGCGCCAGAGCUUACCAGUUUAUAGGUUGAAGAAAGAACUGAUUCAGGCUGUGAAAGCAAAUCGGGUUCUUGUUGUCAUUGGUGAGACUGGUUCGGGUAAAACUACGCAGAUAACUCAAUAUCUUGCUGAAGCAGGUUACACCACAAGGGGAAAAAUCGGUUGCACUCAACCGCGAAGAGUUGCAGCCACGUCUGUGGCCAAGAGAGUUGCUGAGGAAUUUGGUUGUCGAUUAGGGGAGGAAGUUGGGUACUCUGUACGAUUUGAUGAUUGCACUGGACCGGAUACUGUGAUCAAGUACAUGACCGAGGGGAUACUUUUAAGGGAACUUUUGAGUGAUAUAAACCUGUCUCAGUACUCCGUGAUCAUCCUUGAUGAAGCUCAUGAAAGAACAGUCUCCACUGACGUUCUUUUCGGAUUGCUGAAGCAACUUGUUGAAAGGCGACCUGAUCUUCGCUUGAUUGUUACCUCUGCCACAUUGGAUGCAGUGAAGUUUUCAGAUUAUUUCUUUCAUUGUCAGAUAUUUACGAUUCCUGGUAGAACUUAUCCGGUAGAAUUAAUGUACUCGAAACAGCCAGAAAGUGAUUACUUGGAUGCAGCUAUAUUGACUGUUCUGCAACUUCACUUGACUAAACCCGAAGGUGACAUACUUGUGUUCCUGACGGGUGAGGAGGAGAUUCAAUUUGCUUGUCAGUCUUUGUAUGAAAGGAUGAAAGUACUCGGUAGAGAAGCUCCAGAAUUGAUUAUUCUACCAGCUUAUGGUGCCCAACCAAGUGCAGAGCAAUCGAAGAUAUUCAAGCCUGCUCCUUCAGGGAAGAGAAAAGUGGUUGUUGCUACCAAUAUUGCUGAAGCCUCUUUGACCAUUGAUGGGAUAUACUACGUAAUUGAUCCGGGAUUUGCAAAGCAAAAUGUAUUUAACCCAAAGCUUGGGAUUGAUUUACUGGUUGUAACUCCAAUUUCUCAAGCAUCAGCCAAACAACGAGCUGGGCGCGCUGGGAGGACAGGAGCAGGGGAAUGUUACCGCCUUUACACUGAGAGCGCUUUUCACAAUGAGAUGUCUCCUACCACAGUUCCAGAAAUCCUAAGAACAAAUCUUGUGCAUACUACACUUAUGAUGAAAGCAAUGGGGAUACACGAUCUCAAAUCUUUUGAUUUUAUGGAUCCACCGUCAUCCCAAGCGCUUGAGUCUGCCAUGAAACAGCUGCAAAGUCUAGGAGCUUUGGAUGAGGAGGGGUUACUGACCAAAUUGGGUAGUAGAAUGGCAUUGUUGCCUCUGGAUCCACCUUUGUCGAAAAUGCUGCUUGCCAGUGCGAACCUUGGAUGCAGUGAUGAGAUUGUGACAAUCAUUGCCAUGCUUCAGGCGGGAAAUAUCUUCUACAGGCCUAGAGAAAAACAAAGGCAAGCAGAUCAAAAGAAGGCCAAGUUUUUCCAGCCUGAGGGAGACCAUCUGACUUUACUCACUGUUUACGAGGCUUGGAAAGCCAAGGAUUUUUCUAAACCCUGGUGUUCUGAGAACUUUUUACAGUUUCGGUCAUUGAGCAGGGCAAGGGAUAUCAGGAAACAGCUUCUUACUGUCAUGGACAAGUAUGAAUUAGAGGUUGUAAGUGCAGGAAGAAAUGUCGUAAUGGUCAGAAAGGCAAUAAUUGCUGGAUGCUUCUUCAGAGUAGCAAGAAAGGAUCCAAAGGAGGGUUAUAGAACCUUAGUCGAUAAUCAGCAAGUUUAUAUCCACCCGAGCAGCGUUCUUUUCCAGAGACAACCAGCUUGGGUCAUCUACAAUGAGCUCGUGAUGACCACGAAGGAGUACAUGCGUGAGGUCAGUGCCAUAGAACCCAAGUGGCUGAUGGAGCAGGUUCCAAGAUUCUUUAGGGCGGCAAAUCCUACUAAGAUGAGCAACGGCAAACAUCAAGAACGUACUGAACCACCGUAUGACAGAUAUCAUGAGCCCAACUCAUGGCGCCUGAGCAGAAGGCGUGCUUGAUUAUGUAUAGAUAAGAAAUUUUACAGCUCUUGUGUGCGGCCACCUCGUGUAGAUAUAUUUCACCACCUCAUGCAGAUAUAUAUUCCUGCCAAAAUUUAUGCUACAGUAUUUACUUUCCACGGAUUAUACACAUAACAAGUGCACGAUCAUCAUUCGUUUGUGGAGUGCCAGCAACAUUUCUCACUUUAUGUUUUUACAGAACAAGUGCACGAUCAUCUUUCGUUCGCGGAGUGCCAGAAAGGACUGUCUGCAGUGAUUCUCCGACUGCCAACUGCAGGUUUUAUAUAUUGACUCUGCAUGAUAUCAAAUUAUCAAUGAGUGAGGCUGCUACUUCAACUUGUGCAGUCGCUCUCUCUUGACAAAGUUCAGUUUCCAUCUCCAUACGUUAUGAUGCGUUUACUCAAGUAAUAUGUUUUACAGGCGCAGUUAAACAACAUAAUAUUUUCAUUUUGUUUUGUAGCCAUCUUAUGUUGCUAAUCAUGAGACUCUAGAAGGUAAAAUGGGGGUUAUAAAAUACUCUGGGGAUCUACCUAGGUCUUACUAUUGACUAAUAUUUCAUCCAGUUUUAUAUAUAUCUCAUCUUAUUUAUCUCAAGCGUGAUUCACGAGGUGUAAGACAUAAAUCAAAGAUGAAGUGAUAAAUAAUCGAAUACAUGUAAUAAUUUGCACUUGAUUAUCUCUCACAUGACGUAACAUGCGUGAUGUGAGUUAUAGAUAAGAAGUGAUGAUUAACCUGUUACAUGAAGAAUUUAGCGCUUGAUCUGGUGCACAAAAUGUUCUAAAAGACAAUAGGCGCUAGUCAAGUAGUGGAUUGUGGCCUAGCACCUAGGCGGUACCUAUGUGGAUAUGGGCGUUUCUAAGGCGUGGACCUAAAGCAGACGGAGGAGAUGAGCUGGGUGUAUCGGUGGAACCGGGUGUUUGAGUGUUUCUCAAUACCGGUAAAGUUCACGGGUAAAACUUGGGAAAAUUUCUGGGAAAGCCUGAGGAAGUGGAAGGGAGCUGGCGGUGCAUUAGGGGAAGAGGAAGGGAGUUGGCCUGAGGAAGUCGAAUUCAGUCAUUUUUGUAGUCAAUUUUGGUGUAUGAGCAUAAAUUGGUAGUUAAUUGUGGUGUAUGUGCAAAUUGAUGUAGAACUUUCUUCUGUCUAGUUACAUGCUUGCAGGUGGUCUUGGCCUGUCUGGUAUUGUGUCAAUAUUGUUCACAGGAAGGGUAAGUGGACGAAUAUUGCAUCCUGUAUGUUUGCUGUGAUGAGACUUUGGUCACAAUCUUAUUUUAUAUGUCUUUCAAUUUCUUUA